GUCAAUUUCGAUCUGCUUCGCUGCUGCACUUUACUGCAAGUAAAGCAUUCAGAUUGUCUCAAGUUCGCCGACAACGCACUCGCGGUGGCUGAACGUGCUGGAAUUCAUCACUUGGCUAGCAAAAGCCAGUUCUAUAGAGGACUAUCUUUGAUGGAUGGGAAACAGUAUAAAGAGGCGAGUGAUGCUUUUACAAGAGCUGCAAGCGUGCGGGAUUGGGAAGGUAAGGUUUGCAAAUGGAAGAUUGCCGCUGAG